UUCAUAGCGGCAUUUCUGCCAUAGUAAAUAUACUAUGCCGCCUCUCUGUUGCACAGAAAUUCACCGUUUGUGAAAGAUGCCACUUCAGAUGCAGAUUAUGCGUUACGUUUAGUGUAAACAUGGCACGUAAGUCUAAUUACAUAUGAAUGGCAACACUAGUUCGUCGCACGAAGCGAAAAGAGCCGUCAUCAUCUGUGCAACAGAUCUAAAAUCAACUCAAGUGCCUGUAAAAGUACAUUUGUCGCUCUGUCCGAGGUUCUGAAACCAGAUCACGUGACGCCACUGCCUCAUUCAGCAGUGAGCGCGCGCACUGGUUUAUAGAGAAUUUCACGUGAGAACGCGACAAACCAUCACUCGCAUACACUGUAGCCUACUUCUCUCCGCUCGCCGCGUCACAGAAGAGGUUACGGGAGGCAUUUUGCAUCUUUUCCCACAGCUUGUACACAAUCGACAACAUUACGAUGGUAGACUUUGGCAUUCUUCGUUUUUCUCUGCGCUUCUUCCCUACUUCAUGCCAAGGCGGUGAUUGCAGUGGAUGGGCAGAACGUGCCAGGCUUCGUUUCUAAUCCAGAAAGUGCCCGUCUGCUCGGGGAUCUCGUGCUAAGAAGAUGUAAGGACCGAAACAAGCCUUUCCCCCCCAAAACCAGCAUCUUCUUCACAAAAAUGCAGAAGGGAAUUCGACUUAAUGAUGGUCAUGUCACCUACCUGGGUCUUUUGGCAAAGAAAGAUGGCACGAGGCGAGGCUGCUUAAGCAAAAAGAGCUCCGACAACACAAAAUGGCACACCAAGUGGUUUGCUCUGUUGCAAAAUAUGCUUUUUUAUUUUGAGAGCGAGUCCAGCUCGCGACCUUCGGGAUUAUACCUGUUGGAGGGAUGUGUGUGUGACAGGUCGCCCUCACCCAAACCUUCACUAUCAGCCAAGGAGUGCUUGGAAAAACAGUAUUAUUUCACAGUCAGCUUCAACCAUGAGAAUCAGAAGGCCCUGGAGCUUCGUACAGAAGACGUUAAGGACUGCGAUGAAUGGGUGGCAGCAAUAUCACAUGCCAGCUACAGAAACCUGGCCACCGAGCAUGAAACGCUCAUGCAGAAGUACCUCCAUCUACUCCAAAUCGUGGAGACCGAGAAAACAGUUGCUAAGCAACUUCGACAACAGAUAGAAGAUGGGGAGAUUGAGAUUGAACGUCUAAAAUCAGAGAUUGCAGCAAUGCUCAAAGACAAUGAGAAGAUUCAGUCGAAUCCCACCACUGCACCUAGUGAUGAUGAUUCUGAGAUCAAGAAAAUCAAGAAAGUGCAAAGCUUCCUGAGGGGCUGGAUGUGUCGACGAAAGUGGAAGACCAUCAUUCAGGACUACAUCCGUUCUCCACAUGCAGAGAGCAUGAGGAAGAGGAACCAGGUUGUAUUUAGCAUGCUGGAGGCAGAAGCCGAGUAUGUCCAACAGCUCCACAUCCUUGUUAACAACUUCUUGAGACCGCUUCGCAUGGCUGCCAGUUCCAAGAAACCACCCAUAACCCACGAUGAUGUCAGCAGCAUAUUCCUCAACAGUGAAACCAUAAUGUUUCUGCAUCAGAUAUUCUACCAAGGGUUGAAAGCUCGAAUAGCAAGCUGGCCAACAUUAGUCUUGGCCGACCUAUUUGACAUCCUGUUGCCCAUGCUCAACAUCUACCAGGAGUUUGUGCGUAAUCACCAGUACAGUUUGCAGAUCUUGGCCCACUGCAAGCAGAACAGAGACUUCGACAAGCUGCUUAAACAGUAUGAAGCCAAGCCUGACUGUGAAGAACGCACGCUAGAGACGUUCCUCACCUACCCCAUGUUCCAGAUUCCUCGUUACAUACUGACCCUCCAUGAGCUGUUAGCGCAUACACCGCAUGAGCAUGUGGAGAGAAACAGCUUGGAUUACGCCAAGUCAAAGCUGGAGGAGCUUUCCAGAAUCAUGCACGAUGAGGUGAGCGAGACGGAGAACAUUAGGAAGAACCUCGCUAUCGAGCGUAUGAUCGUGGAGGGCUGUGAGAUUCUCCUAGACACCAGCCAGACCUUUGUCAGACAAGGAUCUCUGAUACAAGUGCCCAUGAGUGAGAAGGGCAAGAUCACCCGUGGCCGACUGGGCUCUCUGUCUCUAAAGAAGGAGGGAGAGAGGCAGUGUUUCCUCUUCUCCAAACAUCUGAUCAUCUGCACUAGAGGCUCUGGAGGAAAACUACACCUCACCAAGAAUGGAGUGGUGUCGCUCAUUGACUGCACACUGAUAGAGGAACCAGAGGGCACCGACGAUGAGUCCAAGUCAGACAAGAGUGGUCAAGACAUGGAGCACCUGGAUUUUAAGAUUGUGGUGGAGCCCAAAGACAGCCAGUCCUUCACCAUCAUCCUGGUGGCCUCCUCGCGGCAAGAGAAGUCAGCCUGGACCAGUGACAUCAGCCAGUGCAUAGAUAAUAUUCGUUGUAAUGGGCUGAUGAUGAACGCCUUUGAGGAGAACUCUAAAGUCACUGUGCCCCAGAUGAUCAAGUCUGAUGCCAGUCUGUACUGUGAUGAUGUGGACAUCCGCUUCAGUAAGAUGAUGAACUCGUGCAAGGUGUUGCAGAUCCGCUAUGCCAGCGUGGAACGCCUGCUGGAGAGGUUGACUGACCUGCGCUUCCUCUCCAUCGACUUCCUCAACACCUUUCUGCACUCCUACCGCGUGUUCACCAGCGCAGAUGUAGUCCUUGACAAACUCAUCACCAUAUACAAGAGGCCCAUCAGCGCCAUACCAGCCCGAUCCCUGGAGCUGUUUUUCGCGAGCAGCCAGAACAACAAGCUCCUCUACGGAGAGCCUCCUAAGUCACCCCGUGCCAGCCGCAAGUUCUCCUCCCCACCCCCGCUGGCCAUCACCAAGACCUCGUCCCCCAACCGCCGCCGCAAACUGUCCCUCAACAUCCCCAUCAUCACCGGUGGGAAGGCUCUGGACCUGGCUGCCCUUAGCUGUUCCUCCAAUGGCUAUGCAAGCAUGUACUCAUCCAUGUCCCCUUUCAGCAAGACUACUCUGGACAUCAACAAGCUCUACGUGUCCAGCCCCAUCUCCAGCAAGAUUCCUGACGAAGGCGAGGGCAAGACGGACAAGUCUGAUGAGAGUUCGCCAUGCAAACAGGAUACUUCAGUGAGGGAGGAAAACGACAACGACCAGACCCAGAGUGACGAGGCAGAGGCUGAAGUAUCGCCCACCAAAUCACCCACCACUCCCAAAAACGUCAAAUGCAAAAACUCCUCAGAAUUCUCUCUGUUCUCAUACAAUAAUGGCAUGGUGAUGUCGUCCUGCCGGGAGCUGGAUAACAACCGUAGCGCCUUGUCUGCCGCUUCUGCCUUCGCCAUCGCCACUGCUGGUGCCAACGAGGGCACGCCAACCAAGGAGAAGUACCGCCGCAUGUCUCUGGCAAGCACAGGGUUCCCCACGGAUCAGAGGAACGGAGAUAAGGAGUUUGUGAUUCGUCGAGCAGCAACUAACAGAGUUCUCAAUGUCCUCAGGCACUGGGUGUCCAAACACUCGCAGGACUUUGAAACCAACACUGAACUGAAAAUGAAGGUGAUUAGUUUCCUGGAGGAGGUGAUGCAUGAUCCUGAACUUCUGACCCAGGAAAGGAAAGCUGCAGCCAACAUCAUCAGGACAUUGACACAGGAGGAUCCUGGUGACAAUCAGAUCUGUCUGGAGGAGGUGCUGCAGAUGGCGGAAGGAGGAAAGUCAGAGCCUUUCGAGAAUCAUUCGGCUCUGGAGAUCGCAGAGCAGCUCACCCUACUGGACCACCUUGUUUUCAAAGUCAUACCUUAUGAGGAGUUUUUUGGUCAAGGAUGGAUGAAGAACGACAAAAAUGAGAAAACACCUUACAUCAUGAAAACAACAAAACACUUCAAUGAUAUCAGUAACCUGAUCGCCACAGAGAUCCUGCGCUGUGAGGAUGUGAAUGUACGGGUAGCAGUGAUAGAGAAGUGGGUGGCGGUGGCUGAUAUCUGCCGCUGUCUCCAUAACUACAAUGCUGUGCUGGAAAUCACCUCAUCCCUCAAUCGCAGCUCCAUCUUCCGUCUGAAGAAAACUUGGCUCAAAGUUUCUAAACAGACUAAAACAGUCAUUGACAAGCUGCAGAAGUUGGUCUCAUCUGAAGGAAGGUUCAAGAACCUCAGAGAGGCCUUAAAAAAUUGUGACCCUCCCUGUGUACCAUAUUUGGGAAUGUACCUCACUGACUUGGCCUUUAUUGAGGAAGGGACCCCCAACUACACAGAGGACAACCUGGUCAAUUUUUCCAAGAUGAGAAUGAUAUCCCAUAUCAUCCGAGAAAUCAGGCAGUUUCAGCAAACGGCAUACAAGAUUGAUUACCAGCCAAAGGCAGUACUGUAUUUACUGGACCAAAGCUUGGUAAUGGAUGAAGAAGGCCUGUAUGAAGCCUCUCUCAGAAUUGAGCCUAAAGUGCCCAACUGAGAGAGGCUCUGCUUAACGUCUACAAAAUGUACAGACACCACGCUCUCUACAAUAUACAUCCACGUGUUCUGUUAUGUAACAUGAUUAUUACUCCUGGAUGUGUUCUUUGUUUUUAGUUGUAACCAAAUGUUGCCUAAUUGUUUCAGAUCUUUCACCGAGAUCUUACCUGUUGAUUUCAGCCUCUGUUCUUUAGGGAAUCAUAUUUUUUCCCCAUCCAAAUUAUUUAACAGUACUUACAACGGGAUUUAAUCCAACAGUGACAUUCUAUUUUAAGGUGUGGUUGUCUCUUUAAGUGAUCAGGCUCAUCCACAUCACCGUAAUGAAACACGAAAAGCCGGCAGGAGCAUUUUGAGAUUUUAAUAGAUGCAUGUAACUAAUUUACGGUAUAUGCAUACCAUGUAGCAAUGUGGAAAGCAGAUAUAUUACUGUAUACAACCAAGCAUAUAGAAACUCUUAUACUGUUAUACUAUUAUAUUCCAAGGCACAUGUCACUGUACUUAGCUGAAACAAUUCCAGCAUUUUUACAUCUAUUGGUUGCGAUAAUUAACAUCCAUCCCCUGAUUUCAUAAGGGGUUGUUGGACAUGCCUAAACUGCCAUGAUAUUUUUUGAACAGUUUUGGCAUGACUUGAUAAAGCAGACAGUGUAUAGCUUGGUAAUUAUAAUACAUUAAAAAGACAUAUUAUGUGUUUCGAUUGGCCAAAAAGAAUUUUAAUCUGUUCUUGCAUGAGAAAUUUGUUCAUUUUGCAGCCAAAAAUUAGACUAUUUCUACACAAAAAGAAGCAAGGACUAUUAUAUUUUUGAAACUAGUCGUUUAGUGAUCGUUUACCCAUGUAAUGUUUCCGUUGCUCACAGCCACAUUUCUUAGCAUUUUGGGGAAAAAGGUAUUCUGGGUUCAACACUAUCCUUCUACACCAGAUUAUCCAGCUAUUGUACAUUUACAGACAAUCUAUGUUCUUCUUGCUGUUCCAGUGAUUGUGGAACGUGACUGAAUAUCACUUUGUAAAAUGCAUUGUCGUUUAAGAGUAUGAUCAAAAGUGAAUGACCUUCCCGCUUGCAGCAUACAAAGGGUAUUUUUGUAGUCCUAGAAUAAAGACGUAGGGUUCUGCAUCCUUACCUAAAAAAAAAAAGAGAAAAAAAAAUAACAGACCGUAAAAACAUUUUUGUACAAACAUUGUCAACUCGCCACACAGAAAAGUAUUCUGUAUAUUUUGUACAUGCAGCCCUAUGUAUUUCUUAACAUGUACUAGUUUAAAGCACACCUCUUUAAAGCGUUGUAUCCUAUGC